UAUGAUUUAAAAAUUAAAUGGAUACAAAAGCCGGUUCUGUAUUUUAUACUACAUCGAACUUAACGUAUGCAACCCAGUUAACACAUCCAUUUGUUGAUGUUAUUUGACAGAUAGACAGUAGUUAAAACUUCUGUUCCAAUUUGUACACAACUCCUCCACCAUGGCCGGUGUAGUACCAAAAAAGAAUGCAUCUGGAAGAAAACAAUGGACAGUCCAUGGUGGACCUCGUAGCUCUUUGAAAAGGUUAAGAAAUCAAUUGGCAUCCGAUGGGUGCCCUGAAUCACAAGUAGUGUUAGCUAAACAACUGUUAGAUGAAGAUUGUGAGUUUGAAUCGGAGAAAAAAGAGAAUGCAAGAUUAGGAGUGUUUUGGUUAAUCAAAGCAUCCGAACAAGGUAACAUUGAGGCGACAAAAUUAUUACAAACAUGUCUGCAAACUGGAAAAGGUAUAACAGAACACAAUUAUAUGGAUGUAAAGUCCUGUAUAACUAUGACACAGGAUGAAAAAUUAGCUAGAAAAGCAGCUAGAGAAAUGUUUGUCAGUUUAUCAAAUGGCGGAGAUUACAUAACAUCGGAGCAGCUACAAAAGAAGAUGUUAGCCAUUGAUAGAGGAGAAGUAUUUCCGAAGAACCUCGAAGCCAGCAAGGAGAAUUACGAAUGCGAUGACGUAAACGGCGAACUGAUGAACCACUACGAUGAAAGCGAUUCGGACGAAGAAGAUUGGUCGCAGAGGUCCGACGUUAGCAACGAAAAGUUGACCGAGGACUGCAUAGUCUCAGCGGCUGUGCACUAUUCGCACGGCCAUCUCCCAUUGGUCAACAGGAUUUUAUCUUUGACGCACCCCAACCUGAACAGUUUGGAUCACGUACCGUUCAUACACUGGUCCGUUCUGCAUCCUUGGUUGGCCCUGAAAAUACUAUACUUUAAGUUGAUUCGGUUUCUGGGCCAAAAGACGCUUCCAUUUUUGUUCCCACUGGCCAAAAACGAAGUACAGUUGGUGAUACUAAUGGUUGCGUACUGUAUGCUGAGUUCGGAGAACGUUAUUUAUUUCUUCCCUUUGCUGAUUUACUACGGUUCUUUGAUGGUGAUGUUCUUUAGCACGUUUCAAAUGCUGCAGAACAAACGGGAGUUCGGGGAGUUCCGAUUGUGGUCGGGUUUGUUUAUUUGCUAUUCCGGGGGUUCCCUGAACGCCGAUCAGGCUGAAUACCAAUACAUACGCAACAAUUUGAAGCCCUACGGGAAUUUUUUUUUGAGUUUGCUGUUUAAUUUGUCGGUUUACCCUCUGAUUGUGGAACAGUGGAUACCGCAGUCGGAAUUAAGCGUAAUGGCGUUCUGUCUGACUUUUAUCACCCUGUUCGGUUUUAUGCCGCAUAAAAGAUCCAAAACUCUCUUUGACGGUUUGGUUUUGCUCAGUUUUGCCGUCUCGGUUUUGGCCAAAUAUCCCUACGACACUGAUCCUGUCGUAGCGCAGGGUUGGAGAUUUUUGGAGUUGGAGGUGCCGAAUUUCCCAUCGUACGUAAUCGGCAACGGCAUAGAAUUCUGCAUAAACUUCAAGCUAGUCUUAUACCUAUUCAUAGUGCUUUUGUUCGUUAAAAUAGCCUCGAGGCAGGACUGGAGGGGUACCUACAAAUCCCUCAUACCUCAUUGCGUGACCCUAUCGUGGCUGCAAAUAUUCAUAAUCUCAUCCCAAGGCGCCACAAUGUUCGGCAUAUUGCGGGGCACCCUGGCACUAUCAGGCGUCGUGUUAUUUUUACCUUUAGUCGGCCUAACCAGCAUUAUUCUACCUGUGAUCGCGGUUACCAAGUGCAUUUUCACCACUAAUUUUAUUUACAGUAUGUGUUUGUUCGUUAUUCUAAGCGUUGUCAGUUUUUCCGUGUGCUAUGUUUUGGCUAAAACCCAGUAUAAACAGUAUACAGCCAUCAUACAAGUUGUUAUGAUGAUUGUGGCGUUUUUCGCCCUAUUCAAUGUGUAUUUCCACGAUAGACCCGAUGAGUAUUAUUCGGAGAAAAAGGAAGUGCGGUACCUCCCCUGGGAAGUCUACCAAAGAUUUUGCUAUCAGCCUGUAUGGCGCGAAGAAAACGUCGCCAUACAACAGCUAAAUUGCGCCCAAUUAGAAAACUCGCAAGUCCACUGGAACGGUUUCAUAAACGAAAUAAAAAUAAAAACCAUCCAGAAUCCGUACAAAAAAAUCAUCGAUAAAUUCCCCAAAUCAUUCUCCGAUUAUUUGUAUUGCUUAUACGGCGAGGAAGUCACCGACGAUUGCCAAAUAGACUCCAUAAAAGACGAGUGCAAUAUAUUUUUCGACACAAUAAAGUCAGAAAAUAAAUGCACCCUCAAAAAAUUCAAUAAAUAUUCGUUCGAGUUGAACAUCCGCAUGCAAGCCGGUAUAUGGGCUAAAAACACCCAAGUGAAAGUCAUAGUCGAGGACUACUUCAAAAAUUUCACCCUCAAACUCAAACCAAACGACCACAUUUGGUUUAAAGGCAAAUUAUUCAAUAACGAAGUAUUAGGCGCCGAUGGCAUUUUAGGCGGAAAUCUACCAUUUAUUGACACACACGAAAUCGGUUGCUUGGAUUGCCAAAACAAAGACUUGUCCGAAUAUAAAAUAAACGAUGAAAGCAGCUUUAAAAUCAACAUUUUGUAUAUGAGUGUUAAGUUUUUGUUAAAUGUUUUACUGAAUCCAAUAAUCGUACUAAAAUAGAUUAUUUUGUACUGUUAUAAAAAAUAAAUGUAUUCUAA